CCAUUCCACUUAUUACAAAACUAAUAAUAAACUGGAUGUUGUCUGAACUGCAGCAUACGUAUAUAUACCGUAAAAGGAGGUUAAAUGAAACAGAGGGUACCAAUGGAAAGAUUCUUCUUCUUCUCUGUUUUUCUUCUUCUUCCUCCUCUGUUCUUCAUCAUCAACAUCACUUUCGCCUUCCCUCUCUCCACCGACUCACGCUGGAUCGUCGACGACGGCAACAAAGGACGGCGAGUGAAGCUCACGUGCGUCAACUGGCCGUCGCAUCUGGAAACUGCGGUGGCGGAAGGUUUAAGCAAGCAGCCUUUGAAUUCGAUCGGGGCCAAGAUCGUCUCAAUGGGGUUCAAUUGCGUUAGAUUGACUUGGCCUCUCUACUUAGCCACCGAUGAAUCCUUCUCCGGGAUUAUGACUGUGAGACAAUCUCUUCGCAAGCUUGGUCUUCUUGAAGCUCUUUCUGGUUUUCAAGCUAAUAAUCCGUACAUUCUUGAUCUUCCUCUCAUCAAAGCUUUUCAGGAAGUGGUUUCUUCUCUUGGAAAGCAUAGACUAUUGGUGAUCUUAGACAAUCACAUAAGCCAACCUGGUUGGUGCUGCAAUGACAAUGACGGAAACGGUUUUUUUGGCGAUAAACAUUUAAACCCUCAGCUUUGGAUCAGAGGACUAAAGAAAAUGGCAACAAUGUUUGCUAAUGUUUCAAAUGUGGUUGGUAUGAGUCUAAGGAAUGAACUUAGAGGUCCAAAACAGAACAUCAAAGAUUGGUACAAGUACAUUAGAGAAGGCGCUGAAGCAGUCCACUCUGUGAAUCCGAACAUUCUUGUCAUUGUCUCCGGUUUAAACUACGAGACUGACUUAUCUUUCCUCCGAGACAAACCGUUUGAAGUUAGCUUCAAGAGGAAACUAGUGUUUGAGAUCCAUUGGUAUGGGUUUUGGAGUUCUUGGGAAGGAGAUAACUUGAACAAGAUUUGCGGGAGAGAAACCGAAAACAUUAUGAAAAUGUCAGGGUUUCUACUAGAGAAAGGGUUUCCUUUGUUUGUGAGUGAGUUUGGGAUUGAUCAAAGAGGAAACAGUGAGAAUGACAAUAGGUUUCUAAGUUGUUUUAUGGCUUUAGCAGCGGAUCUUGACCUAGAUUGGGCGUUAUGGACUCUUGCAGGAAGUUAUUAUGUAAGAGAGAAAACUAUUGGAUAUGAUGAAACGUAUGGAGUUUUGGAUUGGAGUUGGUCAAGCAUAAGGAACUCAACCAUCUUGCAGAUGCUUUCUGCUAUACAAUCUCCUUUUAGAGGGCCAGGUCUCAUGGAAACACACCCCAAGAAAAUAAUAUUCCAUCCUUCAACUGGACUUUGCAUAGUGAGGAAGUCCUUGUUUCAACUAAAGCUAGGUUCUUGCAAUAGAUCAGAGAGUUUUAGACUUUCUUCUCAACGAGUUUUGUCACUAGCUGAAGAAAAAAUCUUGUGCUUAAAAGCUUACGAGGAAGGGGAGUCUGUGAAGCUGCGUCUGUACUUCUCAGAAUCUUACUGUUCGAAAUGGAAAGUUUUAUCCGAGUCAAAGAUGCAGCUCUCGUCGAUUACAAAGAGUAGAGAAUCAGUUUGUCUGGAUGUGGAUUCUGAUAGUAACAACAUUGUGACGAAAAGCUGCAAAUGUUUGGAAGGAGAUGCUAGUUGUGAUCCAAAAAGCCAGUGGUUUAAGGUUGUUACUAGCACGAGAAGUCGGUUUAGCGCGAAACCGUUUUUUCAGGCACCUUUAUCAGUCUUAUAAGGUAUUCCAUGGAAAAGUAUCCAACAGCUUUUAAACCAGUUUACAUACAAUUAGCUCUCACAGCGCUGAUAUAUGUUUAUAAGAUCAUACUUGUAAUUUUUUCCCCUAAUUAUGACAUGUACAUUUUGCUUGCAAUUCUUGAUUUGUAUAACAUUUGAUCUUUAUCACACAUUGGACGAUCUAUCAAUGACAAUACCAACGUCAUUUGACUAAUUUUGGGCCUUCAAAUUAAUAACUUAGGCCUAUAAAUGGGCAUUGAAUAUCAGAGUCUGUUGUUAGUCUCGUUGGGUAUUAAUUUGGGCCUUAAAAUGAAUUUGACUUUUGGGAAUAGGAAGUAAAAAUGGAAUAUACCAGAAGACAGGUAACACUGUGAACACUGAAGAGAUAAACACAGAGCUGUUUAAUUCUGGCCAAAUUGAUCUUUGCUCCGGAAACUUGAACAUCUCUCACUUUUUAUUAAUCUAAGAUAGUUCACCAUUAUGAAGCAAUUCCAAUCACCAAAAACCAUUCAAAUUGUAAAAAAUAAUAAUUUUAAGAUUCGAAAUUUCUCGACACGAUGAAUCGAUUGCUAAUCAGUAAAACUCAGCUAUCGGAAUGAAUCGAGGUCUGCUAGAUUCGAACGAAUCCGAACAUCGCAACCCUAUCGGUCGAUUGAAGAUUUUGAAUGUACGCUUCCGGUGACACGCCCUUCAGGGAAACUGAAUCCCGAGACGAAGAGCGCAACGCCUUUCGAAAGCGAGUGAUGAUUCUCAAUCAUCAGUCAUCACAGAGGAGAAAAAAAAAACAAAA